GCUCACAACCGACUAUGCUCAUAUAGUUGAAUGUCUGUGAUUUAGGCUUUCAAUAUUCUCGUCUGUAUUAAGACUGCCGAUAUCAACGAAAAAAAGGUAUAAGAAAACAGCUGUCAGACUGAAUUGUAGCGUCAACAAGUAAAGUAAUUAUUCGAUUAUAUCGUCAUUGAAUUUAACUGUGUGAUUAAAAAAAAAAAUUAUCAAAAAAGACCAAAAUGGACCCGGGACCAAGCCUUGCGAAAUAUAUGCUAUUCUUUUUUAAUUUACUGUUUGCGGUACUUGGCGUCGCAAUGGUAGUGAUUGGUGUGAUUAUUCGUACCAAACUGGUGAACUAUCAUGAUUUCAUUGAAUACGAUUUGUCGCCAUAUCCGAUUCUUUUGAUUGGCGUCGGUUGUGUUGUAUUCUUUAUUGCGUAUUUGGGUUGUUGCGGUGCUAUCAAGGAAAAUUCAUGUAUGCUUUGUCUCUACGCAAUUAUUUUGAUUAUAAUCGUCGGUGUCGAAAUCGGUUUCGUUGUUGCUGCAAACGCAAAAAAAGAUGCAUUGGAAGAAAUCGUUGACAAGCGUCUAAAAUUCACCAUAAAUUCCAUUGCAAACCAUACGGAUUCGAGUGUGGCGUACUAUGAAUCUUGGCAUUUACUUCAAACAGAGUUGAAAUGUUGUGGGAUUGUUGGGCCAGAAGACUGGAAAAAUGUGUUGCCAAAAGUUGAACUACCCGGUUCAUGUUGCCAAAAGGCGGCAAACGAUACUACAUGCACCGUGAAUACCGCUUCGAAAACUGGUUGUAAAGCAGCUAUCAUCGACUUUUUGAACAGUAAUAUAGUGACGGUAAUUGGUGUUGCUAUUGUCGUUGCUGUUGUUCAGCUUGACAUUUUAGGCAACGAUUCAGAACAUUUAUUCAACAAAAACUUAUAUAAAUCAUUCAAACAAGUGGUAAUUGAUUUUCAAGCCAGCAAAAUGGAUCUGGGAGUAACUUUUACAAAAUAUGUUGUGUUCUUUUUCAAUUUCUUAUUUGCCAUAAUUGGCAUUGGAAUGGUUGUAACUGGUUUUAUAGUUCGCACAAAAUUUAUCGACUAUCAUGAUUUCAUCGAAUACGACCUCACGCCAUACCCAAUUUUAUUGAUUGUCGUUGGUUUUGUUGUGUUUCUUAUCGCAUUUUUCGGUUGUUGCGGAGCUAUUAAAGAGAAUACAUGCAUGCUAUUUUUGUAUUCGCUUAUUAUGAUUAUGAUUGUUCUGUUCCAAAUUGGUAUUGUUGUUGCUGCUUUAUCGAAAAAAGGCGAUUUAGAACAAAUUGUCGACAAGCGUCUCCUUGAUACACUUAAAAAAUCAAAAGACAACUCGAAACUCUUGAAAUCUUGGGAUUUGCUUCAAAAUGAGCUACACUGUUGCGGUGUCUCUAGCAUGAAUGACUGGAGUGGUGUUAUAGACUCAGACCCUACCAUAAUGCCAGGAUCAUGUUGCCACAAAGGCAUCGAUGACAAGACAUGCAGAAUACAGGAUGUCAAAUAUCCCGGCUGUAAAACAGCUUUUCUGGAUUAUUUGAACAACAAUAUGUACACCGUGGCUAUUUUUGCAAUUGUCGCUGCUUUGGUUCAGGUGCUCGCAAUUAUAUUCUCUUGUUGUUUGUACUCGGUGUACCGACGAGGUACUCGUUCUUAUUCCUACUAAACAAGCACACAACAUUUCAACAUGAGAAUUUGAAAAGAAAAAUUCAAAUGUGUUUUAAGAUCAGUAGAGUUACCGAUUUUGAUUUAUUUAUUUAACAGAUGAAUAAAUUUCGAUUCAUCUCGAAACUACAAUCAUAUUUCGAGAUAAACUAUAUUUUAUAUAUAUAGAUAUAAAUAAAAAUUGAACAAAGAAUGCAAUCAUAUAUUCUUAUAAUCCCAUCAAUGAAUCAGCUUGGCUUCGAUAAAUGACUCAGUUUUGUUUUUUGAAAUUAUUAAUACACUUUAUCUACGUAUAAGUUCUAAUCUCUCGUCAACUUAAUGAGUGUAGGCGCACACUAAAUAUAAACCAAUUGUAAAAUUUUACACUGAAUUUAUUUUUAUUUGUUUGUUUUUUUAUCUUUUUUUGUUUAUUUUCCUUUGUGUCGGUGCGGUGUUGUGAUUAUAUGACCGACAUAGUACGAACGAUUUAUCUCUCGAUUAUUGUUUUGAACAAUUGACAUUUUUUUGAAUGAAAAUUGAAGAGUUGCAAUCUCAAUGUCCAUUUUAUACUGUAGAUAAGAAGUAUUCAUUUCACCAAAUUGACCAAUAUCAAUAAACUUAUAUUAAUGUAAUAAA